AUGACAUAUGAUGAGAAUACUAUCAACUAAAUUGAAGAAGUUCUAAUUAGAAUCAUUCUAAUUACUAACACUCUUAGUGCUGUAGGUGCAACUUUGAUGAUACUGACUUAUUUCAAGUAUGGAUUGUUAAAUUAAUAGAUUUAAAGAACUGCAAACAUUUGCAUUUCGAAUAGUAUUCUAUCUUAAUGUAUCAGAUCUAAUUUUGGCAUUGUCAAACAUGUUAUUAGUGAAAAAAGAUUUCAAUAAUGACGACCCUAUAUUAUGCCUAAUUUAAUCGUAUUUGAUUAAUGCAUCCUAAUUAUCAUCAAUAAUGUACACAGUCAAAAUAUAUAAAGAUGGACUGCCAUCAUAGCAUUCAUAUUAUAUCAAUCAUGUAUCAAAAAUCAAAAUGAAUAAUCAUUCAAUAUUUGUGGAUACUUAUUUAUUGGAUUUUGUAUUCCAUUUUCUAUUUCAAUCUAUCCAUUUUUUACUCAUGAUUAUGGAUUUGCUGGUAUUAGUUGUUGGAUCAAAGAAGAUGUAAUUUAUUAUUUGCAACUUUUAGAUUAAGCAUCCUGUCAGAAGCACUAUUGUUAGAUAUAUUAAUUUCUAUAUUCCAUUAAUGUUGAUCAUCCUUUACAAUUCAAGUGUAUACAUAUUCAUUAUCUGUAAAUUAUAUGGAAUAUCACAAUAAUAAACUAAAUUUAUAUAUAAAAUGAUAUCCUAUCCAUUGAUAUUAAUAAUAUGUUGGAUAUUUACAGCAUUCAAUAAAACUUAUGAAGAAAUUUAAGAUUAAUAAUAAAUAUGGUUGUUAUACUUAUCAAAGGCAUUAUCAGGAUUAAUGGGAUUUUUUAAUUAUCUGGGUUAUGGAUUUACUCCUUAAGUAAGGGAUUAAUGUGCUAGAUAUUGUUGUAAAAGAAAUUCAAAAUCUGUUUCAGUUGAAUUGGAAUUAAAAAAUCAAUAAUCUUUAGAUACUAGUCAAAAUACAGAAGAAAUAAAAUCAAGAAAUUCAGUAAAUUCAUAAAGAGAUAGUGUUUAAGGAGAAUUAAGUUUUAUAGCUGAAUUGUAUUGA